UUAAAAAAAUUGCCAAAUUACCGAUUGGGUUUACAGUUUCCACGAUUCACAGAAUAAAAUUUAAAUCUUUAUGAGUUCAUCUGUAUUAAAUAAAAUCUGAAACAUACAAAUUUAAACCAACAAUUUACAUGACAUAUAUUUUUUUAUUAGACUGAAGAAAUGUUUGAUUGGGUAUUGUAGACAUUUAAUUGCAAGUUUAAGACUACUAAAUUAAUUAAAAAUAAGUACACUUGUAGGUACAUACAUACCCAUGAAGUGUAAGAAAUAAAACCAAAUUUUAUUUAAGUCAUCACCAUGAAACCUGGGUUUACCACAAUUGUGACUGUUUUAUUCAUAUCAUACUUGUGUAAUCUAUUUUACUCAAUAUGGAUAAUGGUACAACCGCCAUCAUGUACUAGUGAAGGUCUAUGUUUGAAAUCAUUUUUGUUACGAAAACCGAACUUAGAACUUACCAUAUUUGUUGCACCACAUUCAAACCCCCGAGGUCCAGAAGUUAUAUUUGUAAACAAAUUCCUGUUACCAAAUUACAAUGAUUCUUAUGAAAGAUUGAUGGCUGUAGAACUACCAAGACUAACCAAACGAAAUGGAACAUUAUAUGCACAUGUGUUCUUAAGUAAAGCUCAAGAAACACUUUAUUCUGGGGAUAAAUGGACAAAUUUAUUAACCGAUCCUGAUACUGUGUACACCUUAGUACCAAUGUCUAUUUACAAAGAACCUGAAUAUAAAAUUUUUCAAUUACUACAAGAUGGGGAAAAUGUAAAAAAUAAUGUUGAAAAACCAGUGACACAUAUAAAGGCUGUAUUACCAGUUAGCAUGUUAAAAGAACCAUUACAUUUUUCUCAGAUUCAUAUGCCUAGCGAUAUUUAUCAAUAUAUAAGAUUAUAUAAAAACAAACAAGAGUACUUACCAAUUUUCCUACAUAACUCUCUUCAAGAUAGAUCCUUCAAUAUUACAAAAAUUAACAAAAAUACUACACAUGUACCUAUUUUGUUGCGUUAUGAACCGUUGAGUUAUACUGGACUAAGAAUAUUAACACAAACUCAAUUAGCUAUGGUAACAUUGCAGCAAUUUGGAUUCAAAAAUAAAGAUAUUGAUGAGAUUAAAGCUAUUUUUGAUACCAAUCAUUAUUUGUUAUUAAUUUCAAUUAUUGUUGCAUUUGUUCACAUAUUAUUUGAUUUCCUAGCCUUUAAAAAUGACAUAUCAUUUUGGCGAUCACGAAAAUCUAUGGCUGGGUUAUCAUCACGUCUCGUUAUGUGGCGUGCCUUUAGUCAAACUGUUGUAUUACUUUAUUUGUUCGAGGAAAAAGCUUCAAUGUUGAUCAUUGUACCAAGCGUGAUCAGUUCUGUAAUAGAGAUUUGGAAAGUGUUUAAAAUCAUACCAAUAGAUUGGAAAAAUCUAAAACUGAAACAAUUAACCUUAAAUCGUGCUGAGGAGGAUACUAAAAAGUUUGAUGCUGAAUCCAUGAAAUAUCUAUCGUAUGUCUUAUACCCACUGUGUGCUGGUGCUGCUAUUUAUUCACUUAUCUAUGAACCACAAAAAAGCUGGUAUUCUUGGAGUAUCAAAAGUCUUGUCAAUGGAGUCUAUGCAUUUGGUUUUCUUUUCAUGUUACCUCAACUUUUUAUCAACUAUAGACUUAAAUCAGUUGCUAAUCUUCCUUGGAAAACAUUUAUGUAUAAGGCAUUUAACACUUUCAUUGACGACUUGUUUGCAUUUAUCAUUCCCAUGCCAACUGCCCAUCGAUUAGCCUGUUUCAGGGAUGAUAUAGUUUUUCUCAUUUAUAUUUAUCAAAGAUGGUUGUAUCCCGUGGAUCAAAGUAGAUUUGAUGAAGAUGUUGAAGUACCUGAAUCGCCUUCUGAAGAACUAAAAUCUAAAACUGAUUAAUUUAUUGAAGGUUGUAUUUUAUAUAUUAACAAUUAUGUUAUAAAAAUAAGAUAUAUGAUUUUUGUUAAUGCACUUAAUGCACUAAAAUAUAUUAUAUUUUUGAUAUGUUCUUUGUGAUAUUUUAAAUUGAAAUAGUUACUGUGUUCUGUACUUAUAAGCGUGAAAGUUAUAUAAGACAAAUACUUUUGUUUUCUUAUAAGAUCUGUCGUGAAGACAAAUAAUACUUUUUAUAGAUAUGGGUUAUUUUUAAUGUAACCAUUAGUAUUGUUAUUUUAAAUAUUAUACUUUAAUGUUAC